AACAGGCACAGAUUAAAUUAAAAUAUAUAGUUUAAGUGAUGAUUUAGUAACAUUAAAUUGUAACUUUAGUGAUCUAGAAUAAAUUUCAAUUCAGUUUUAUUAGGACGGUCGUUUUGUCAAGAAGUGAAAAAUUAAUAAAAAAAGAAAAGGGAAAAUAUAUCGGAUCGGAAUAUUUUGGAUAUUUAUAUAAAAUUUUGAAUAAAAUAUAUGCAAUUAUAAUUAUAAUUGAAUUAUUAAUAAAGACCGUUGUUUAACAUCAUGAAGUUUCUAAUACUUCUACUGGCCGUAGGAAUAAUUCAGUCGUUAGCAAAUGCUUUUAUAAUUGAUACUCGGCAAAAAAGAAGUAUAGAUUUAUCAGCAUCUCAUGCACUAAUUCCGGACGCUAGAUUAUCGAAAGAUGUGAUUCCAACCAGUUAUGUUGUUAAUAUUCGACCAAAUUUAGAUGAUGGAACUUUUAUGGGCGAUAUAAAAAUGAAUUUAAGUUGGAAUGAUGAAACGAAAAAAAUUUCACUUCAUGCUCAUUUCGAUUUAGAAAUUAAUGAAAAAGACAUUAAGAUUAGAAAGCUAAAACGAAAAUCAAAUGACAAUCAAAAUGAGUCCGACGAUAAAGAAGAAUAUAUUGGAAUCCAAAGAGCUGAUAGAGUUGUCAAAAAAACCGUAUAUGUUAUUCAUUUGACUGAACCCAUACCACAAGGUAGUGAAUGUGAAUUAGAAUUGAAAUUUAGUGGUAAAAUUUGGGAAACAACUGAAGGAUUAUUCCAAGGAUCAUAUAUGGACUUAAAAGGUGACAAACAUCAAUAUUAUGCAACAUACAUGAGACCACAUAACGCUAGACGUUUAUUCCCUUGUUUUGAUGAGCCUGGAUUUAAGGUACCAUUUAAUGUUAGUAUUUCAAGACCGAAAAGUUUCGUAACAUUAUUUAAUACACCAGUGGAACGUUCCGUGGAAUUAAAUGACGAGAAACUUAAAAAUUAUGUUGUCGAUUAUUUUGUUCCAACACCACCAAUGUCAACAUUUACUUUUGGUUUUCUCAUAUCACAACUUCAAGAAGUUCCAGUUACUAGCGCAAAAGCUGCUGGAGAAUCAAAAAAACCUGCAAUUAAAAUAUGGGCAAGACCAGAUGUUCAUGAAGAAAUGUCGGAAAUGUUCGAAAAAGUUGAACAAGUUUAUAAUACAUUAGAGAAAUAUUUCGAUGCUCAAGUACCUCUAACGAAAAUAGAUGUUGUUGCUGUACCUGGAAUGUCAGUAGUUCGACCAGCUGACAAUUGGGGUCUCAUUUUAUUCAAGGAAAGUGAACUGUUGAAAAAGGGAUACUACGGAUUAUCACAAGAAUUAAUUUAUCAGUGGUUAGGUUCAUGGGUAACACCAUAUUGGUGGAGUGAUGCUCAUGUUAAUAAGGCUUUGGCUAGCUUUUUAGCUUCCUAUAAUGUUAUUGAGAUUGAUAACGGAGUUGAAUUCAAUGGAAAAUAUCCAAUGACUGUGCUAUACUCGUUAUAUUAUGAAUUUAGUAAAAGAUAUCCUCAUUCAAGAAUAACAGCAAUGAAACAAGAAACAACAUCAUUUAAAACAGAACUAGUUAUGAGAAUGUUAAAUUAUACUUUGGGUAGUGAAACAUUCAAAACUGGUUUAAGAAAAUUCAUAGCAAAUCGUCAUUUUAGUACAUUCUUUGGUGAUGAUUUAUGGGAUGCACUUACUAAACAAGCUCACGAAGAUCAUAAAUUAGCAAAUAAAUAUACAAUAAAUGAAAUUGCUGGAUCAUGGAUAACAAAAGAUCGUUUACCAGUUGUUAAUGUUCAAAGAAAUUAUGCAGAUAAAACAGCUAAAGUUACACAAAAAGUUUAUUUACGUGAAAGACCACAUGAUGUACCAGAACAAGAUAAAAUGUUAUGGUGGAUACCAUUAGUUAUUGUUGAACAGGAUAAACUUAAUUUUACAAAUUCAACACCAAAAUUAUGGAUGGAAAAAGUAAGAGAAAUUACAAUAAAUAAUUUACCAGAAGCAGAGAAAUUUGUUAUUGUAAAUCCUGAAGAGAUUGGGCCAUUCCCAGUUAAUUAUGAUGAGAAAAAUUGGAAUUUAUUAGCUCAAUAUUUGCAAACAAAUGAAGGAAGAACUAAAAUACCAAUUUAUACAAGAGCGAAAUUAUUACACGAUGCUUGGAAUCUAGCUUAUGCUGGAGACUUAAGUUUUGCAACUGCUUUCAAUAUGACUUUAUUUAUGCUAUCGGAAAGAGAUCAUUUAGCUUGGAAUCCUGUUUUUACAUUUAUUGACCAUAUUGGACGUCACAUUGAUAUGUCAGCUGUACAUAAAAAAUUCGAGACAUAUGUAAGAAUAUUACUUACACCAUUAUAUGAAGAGCUUGGAGUUCAACAAGAAGGUGAAGAAACUUGGAAAACUGAUUUAAGAGCAUUAGCAAAAACUUUCUUAUGUAGAGCUGGUUAUCGUCCAUGUAUUGAAGAAGCACAAACUGCUUAUAGAAAAUGGAUGGAAAGUGAAAAUCCAGAUGAAGGAAACCCUGUACCAAAUCAAUAUAUUUGUCCGGUUUUCAAAUGGGGAACACAAAAAGAAUGGGAAUUUGGUUUACAAAGAGUUAUAAAUUUCCCAGCAUCACGUAUUCAAAGUGAAAGAACUUAUCUAUUGAAAACAUUAGCUGGAUGCCCAGUACAACCAGAAAAAAUUGAAAGACUUUUGAAUUUAACUAUAUUAGAAGAGAAUGGAAAUUUCACAGAAAAUGAUAUAGUAUUAAUAUUUAGUAUGCUCACUGGUGGUUCAAGCGGUUAUACAACUUUAUUCAAUUUCCUACAAAAUAAUUGGGAUGUUAUUCGUGAAAGAUUUGAGAAUAAAACAAAUCUUUGGGAUAAUCUAAUCAGUGCUGCUACUGGAGUAUUUACAACACAAGAAGGUUACGAUAUGGUAUCGAAUUUAUAUGUUCAAAAACAAGGUGAAUUUGGUAGUGCUGAACACAUUAUUGAAAAAUCAUUACGUAAUAUCAAAGAAGAAACAAAAUGGAGUGAUGAAAAUUUACCAAUUAUUGAAAAAUGGUUAGAUAAUUUCCUAAAGACAAUGAAUAAAGAUGAAAAUAAAUUUAUGGGUUAAAAUUUAAUUGAAAAAUUCAAUUUAUUAUUAAAAUAUUUGUUUUUAUUUUUAUUUGAUUUUGUAAAAAUAAAAUAAUUAGUACAUGUUUUAUGUUACGUAUAUAUAUAUGUAUAUAUAUAUACAUAAUAUAUACAUAUUAAUAUUAAAAAAGAAAACUCACUCUUUUAUAAAAGGGAUAAAAUUACAAAAUUGUGUAAUAACAGUUAAUAAGAAUAAAAAGUAAAAUUAAGUAAAAAAUUUACUUUAGAUUUGUAUAAAAUUUGUUAAAAGAUAUUCAUAAUUUUUUUUGUGUAAUUUUUAGAUGAAAUAAAAUCUACAAAACCAA